GGUGAAAGACAUCAUCCCUUUCUUCGAGCGAGUAUGUUAUUUUGUGUGUUGAAAGCGCACACCAACUAGGCUGUAUGAAGCCAAUUGGCUCAUCUUUUCAGUAUUUACAUACUUGGACAAACUUUCGUGGGCGGGUCCUGGAAGUUCCCCAUUUUAACACAUGGUAACUCGAAAACAGUGCAUUAGACGAGUUUACGCUGGCAUGGGUGUACGUACUUUCUUUAUAUAGCCUAUUUAAGUCACGGCGACGCACCGUUUUUACCAAGGGGUCUCAGUUUGUGUUUCUGUUCAAUGGUGUGCGCGCGUCCUGGGGACACCUGCAGCGCGAGGAUGAGUGUGUGCAGCUCCACGCGCUCUGACGGUGAAAAUAUAGACGAGCUGGACGCUGUCAGCUGGUAUCAUUUUGAUCUGUCUCGGCACGCAGCUGAGACUCUGCUCCUGUCUAAUGGGGUGGAUGGCAGUUUCCUCCUCAGGACGAGUCAGAAGGGGCCUGAGUGCUUUGCCCUCUCUGUCAGGGCUAAGGAUUCAGUCAAGCAUUUCCAUGUCCGGCGGAUCUGUGGCAGAUACUCUUUUGGCUUCAACGAGUUCCCAUCCCUACUGGAGUUCACCAGCCACAUGGCCAACCAGCCCCUGCUGGGCAGCGAAUCAGGGAACCUGGUGGUGUUGAAGCACCCAUACCCUCGACAGGUGGAGGAACCGUCCAUCUACGAGUCGGUGUGUGUGCACACGGCCAUGCAGUCAGGACGAAGACACUCUGACCUGGUCCCCACCGCCCAAGCACUGGGCACCAAGGAAGGCUACCUUGUGAAGCAGGGGGCGUUCAUAAAGACCUGGAAACAGCGCUGGUUCACACUAAACAGAUAUGAACUGAAGUACUUCAAGGACAAAAUGUUUGCAGAGCCCAUAAGGACACUGGACCUAACGGCCUGCUCUGCGGUGCAGUUUGACUACAGUCGAGAGAGAGUUAACUGUUUUUGUCUGGUGUUCCCUGAGCGUACCUUUUACCUGUGUGCACGGACAGGCGUGGAGGCUGAUGAGUGGAUCAAGAUCUUGCGCUGGAAGCUUUCCCAGAUAAGGAAAGGCAGAUGAUGAAGGGAAGAAUGGAAAGAAACGGAAGAACAAUCGGACUGCUGCUGCUCCUCCUCAAGCAAACAGUUAAACGACAUAAGGCUGUGAAAACUGUGUCACAUGCAUUUAGGAAUGUGUACUGAGCCCGUGUUUGUUUGCGACCUACAGAAGGGAGGGGAGAGUGAGAUGGAGGGACGGGUGCAUUCCAUUAGGUCACUGUUUACAGUAUUUUGUCUCCCAGCUACUUCCUUGUGCAUGUCACAGAAAAAUGUCACACAACCUAUUAUUGGAGGACUGGGACAAAAUGGAAAAAAAUAUACCUGUACCUGAUGACAUUUUAUCAUUUGUUUUCCAGUACAGUAGAAGUGACUUAUUUUUCCCCAUUCCAAACGCAUAUCGUGCAAUAUGUGCCAUAACUCUUAAAAGGUGUUUUGAUCUGGACCUUGGAAGAAGCAAUUAUGGUUUAGUCACAGCACAGACCACAGAUAAGUGUCAAGUGUUCAUCAGUAGGCCGUCAAAGCGUAAAUAAAGUGACGGCUGGAUGUUACGUAGACUUUAUGGCACCUAUGUUGUCCUGAGACUAAAAUGUCUUGCCUCAUAAUAAAAGCACAUAAAGCAUUAGUACUAUUAGAAAUGUAUAGUGUAUGUAUGCCAAUGCUAAUUGCUUCCAUGUAUUUUUAUGUUCAUGUGUUACAGCACCUUUGGCUGUGUAGUCAUGGCUGGACUAGCAACUGGGCAUAGCCCGGUGGGCCGCUGAGGUUUCUGGGCUGUCCCUCCGACAGCCACGGUGGAUGACAUGGCUAUACACAAGUAUAAUAUUAGCCAUAUUGAGGGGUACAUGUUUUUGAUGGCCUUUGAUCUUAUAUUUACCUAAAUAUUGGGUGAGGGGCCAGUCUAAAUGGAAAAUGAACACACUGUUUUUUUGGCCGCAGUCCUGCCCUGUGUGUAGGGAUGGGGCUGGGUGGGAUGGACCUGCUCUUGACCUGACUGUCACCCACCGUGUAGUCCUUUUAAUUAGCAAUAAGAGUAUUUGUACAGAAAGUUCAGACACUAGUCUUUGUAACAUAGGUGAAGGUGGCCUGUGUGGUGGUGUGAACUAAGACCAUGUUUUGUCGCUCGGAAGAGACGCAUAUUAAUUUAUGUAAUGAUACAGAUUUGACCUACAGUUUGUUCUUUUUAACAGACCGUACUUGUAUGACAUGAAAAGCCAUGACCGCUGUGUCAUUGCUGUUUUCAUCGAAUGUCUGGCUCUGAACAGCACCAACUGGUUGAGCGAGAUGUCUGUGUUGCAGAGCUAUCCCAGUGACAUCUUUGCACUGAUAAUACGGAGCAACAUGAGAUAUAGCCUACACUGUAUCUGAUGAGGAACAUGAUGUAUAUCUGAAUGCUCAAAUGUGACAAAGAAAACAAAACACACUGUCCAAGAUCACCCCAGGGACUUGCUACAAGUUGUUACCAUGAGGAGAUAUGUAGGCACUAGUAGCUAAUUUAGCAGAACUGUGUCUGUACUAGUACAUUUGCUGCGACGUGGAAUUUUGUAGUACCGGUAGUACUUUUCUCUUGUGGAUAUGAGGAAAAAACACACAGCUGUAGUUUUAAGCCUCAUUACACCAUCAUCAAAUCAAACUCUGAAGGUUUGGUUUGAGGAAAUUGAGAUCACCGUUUAACUUCAAAGGUCCCCAUGGUCUAGGCAUGCCUAAUGCACUGUAACUGUAGAUUGCCACGGCUCACAUGCACAGCUCAGCUGACUUCAUGUUUAUUUGUAACUGCAUAAGGUACAAUAAUUGCUUUUUGUUGGAUUGUAUAUACUGUAUGCUGCUGCUGUGACUGUCACAGUUGACAUGGAACACCCAUAGUUCUUUUUCCAUCCAAUUCUGAAGCGACUUAAUAUUUGAUGGAAAAGGGCUAUAGUGGAAUAUAUAAUAGGGAUAUUGACUGCUGAAUGUAUAUGGUGUGCUGCUACGCUUUUGGAAUGAAAUUGUAAUAUUCUUUUUCCAGUUGUGCUAGUAAUGUUAUUGAAGUGUUCACAAGCUAAUCUGGUUGUGCAAGAGACAGCACUUACGUAAUGCAGCUACAGCAGACCCAAUUCCAUGCUUAUUAAGACUGACUAGAACAAGUGCCAUUUCUAGCCCCAGUGAUGGGGGGAAUGGAAACAUGUGACGACUUUAGAUGGGCCUGCUGCUGUGGUAGUGCAGCUACAUGGGGUGAUCUCUACAGCUGUACACUUUGUGAUGACAUACAGGGCAGACGACAGGGGAGGACGGACGGGUGUGUUGUCCCGGGCCCAGGGUGAGGAUUGGGUUUACAUUUACAUUUUAUGUAUUGCGUGGGAGGCUCUUUCAGAUGACUUUGUCCCAGGCCUGACCAAUGCUGUCAGUCGCUCUGAUGACAUACUGUAUAGACCAAAUACUGCUGUAUUCCAUGUGAACCAAUGAUAUUGACAACUAGGUCUCCCAGUUUCUUUUUAUUGCCAUUUGGUGGCUUGUGUGAAAGCCAUGUCUGUGGGUUUGUAUGACGCAUGACCAAAUGUGCCCUAUGAGCAGCCUAGAUUUACAGAUGUGUUUGCACUGCAGUAAACAUUAUACUGUAAGAUUGAAAUAAAGUGUGAAGAGACAACAGAUCAGAGUAAGUGGCUUCUGCUUUGUGCUCCCAUGUAUAGAUUAAGAGAGGCUGGAUUGGCCUUUGAAAGCACUUUGGUCACAAAUAAAUAUCUCACUCAUACGUACAUGUAUUACUAUAAAUCAGGGAUGUCAAACUCAGGCCCGGGGGCCAAAUUUGGCCCGCGGAGCCAUUUUAUUUGGCCCGCGAGAUCAUUUCAAAUGUCUAUUUCAGUUGGCCCACAUACACCAUCAAUUUAUAGCAUAAUAUGACUUGAACACGAAAUAUGCUAUGUCACAGGAUGUGUAGACACAUUUGAACUAACAAAUAUGAUGAGAAAGAGUGUAUGUAGAAUUUAACUAUGAGUAUGAAGUGCAUGCAUGCACAAUUUUUGUCAAUUUUUAAAAAUAAUUGUGGAGUUCGGCCCGCGGCUUUGUUCCAGAUUUAGAUUUUGGCCCUCAGUCAAUUUGAGUUUGACACCCCUGCUGUAAAUACUGCACCAGGGAGUUUUAGUUCUGGUGGCCACAUGAAAAUGUAUUUCCAAAAUGAUAAAGAGCGUUCUGGAGUGCUGAUAGCCAACCCAGUUUAAACUCUGCAUGUGUAUGUUCAUUAUGUCAGAAAUGAUCAAAUCUGCAAGGUGGACUGAAAGAUUACAAUUAAUUCUGGUUAGAAAUGUGUCAUGUGCAAAAGCACGCUGCAUCAAUGCUCAGUUUUGAUCAUUUCUGUGGCAUCAUGAACGCAGGGAAUAACAAAUCUGUACACAUUUUUAACUAAAUCUGAACGAU